CCUAUGUGUGUCACCUUCUGUCCAGCAAAUUCAACAAUGAAUGAAUUAAUUAAAAACCAUCUUCUUCUUUUUUUUCUUUCUUCCAAUCACCUCCCUUUAUUUAAACACCUAUCUAUAUAUGCCUCCUCAUUUUCAUUUCAACUUUCUAUACAUACAUCAAAAACACUUCACACAAAAACAACAACAACAACAACAACCCCCCCCCCCCCCCCCCCCCCCCCCCCCCCAAACAAACUAUGGGGAGGCCUCCUUGUUGUGAUAAAAUAGGUAUCAAGAAAGGUCCUUGGACUCCUGAAGAAGAUAUCAUUUUAGUCUCUUAUAUACAAGAACAUGGUCCUGGAAAUUGGAGAUCAGUCCCUACUAAUACUGGGUUGAUGAGAUGCAGCAAAAGUUGUAGGCUAAGGUGGACAAAUUACUUGAGGCCAGGAAUCAAAAGGGGGAAUUUCACUCCACAUGAAGAAGGAAUGAUUAUCCAUCUUCAAGCUUUAUUGGGUAACAAAUGGGCAGCCAUAGCUUCAUAUCUACCACAAAGGACAGACAAUGACAUCAAGAAUUAUUGGAAUACUCAUCUAAAGAAGAAACUCAAGAAACUCCAAACAGAAUUGGAUUCACAUAAUUUGGCUCCUCUUCUUCCUAAUAAUAAUAAUAAUAACAAUAUUAAUUAUGAUAAUCAUCAUCAAUUCUCAUGGCAAUUAAGUGUCAAUAAUAAUGAUAAGCAAGGGAUCUCAUCAAAUUCUUCAUCAUCAUCAUUGUAUGCUUCAAGUACAGAAAAUAUUUCAAGACUUUUAGAAGGUUGGAUGAGAUCUUCCCCUAAUAAUCCUUCUAGAAGAAACAAUAUUGAUCAUGACCAUGAUGAUGAGAUGUUGCAUGUGGCACAAAAAAAUGAUCAAGAUCAAGAAAUUGUUAAGAGUACUUGUGAGGAAAAUGAAAAUUCUUGGAUUAUUCCAAAAGAGAAAUCAAGUAAUUGUGAGAGCAAUGGAGUUGUUGUUGUUGAUCAUGGAAAGACAAGUCCACCUCCAUUCACAUAUCUUGAGAAGUGGCUACUAGAAGAAAAUGGUGGUCAAGUUGAAGAACUCAUGGAACUUCCUAUGAUAUUCACAUGAUAAUACUAUAUAUUAUUUUCUCUUUAUACAACUUAUGACUAUUUUUUUCUCUUUCUUUCUAUUUUUUACUUGUGUGGAGUUUGUUUGGGGGCAUGGGGUGCUCUUUUUAAGAAAGCGUAAUAGCUUACUGAUCAAGUAUUCAAGUGAUUCGGUUUUCCUUGUGUGGAGUUUGUUUGGGGGCAGGGGGUACUCUUUUGAAGAAAGCGUAAUAGCUUACUGAUCAAGUAUUCAAGUGAUCAUUCAACCGAAAUAAUGAGAUCUUGAAAGUUAUUAUAUAUAUAUUUCAAGUGUCAUUGGCGGAAUGUUACAUCAAAAAUGUAUUAGUGUUCAAGUGAUUAACCGAAGCGAUGAGACUUGAAAGCUACUUUUUCAAGUGUAUGUAUGUAGUGAAAUGUUCUGUCAAUCGAAGAAGGUUUUUGAUGACAGGACCAGGAAGAAGUCCUUUAAUGUGUAUGAAUUUUUAAUUAACAUAUGUAGUUCUAAUUUUUUGUAAUUUUUCUAAUUCGUGAAAGUUUAUAAUAAUAUCCAUUAUGUGCUUUCUUUCUUA